AUGGGUCAGUCGCAUUCCAAGGGCAACGCCAACUCGGGCGACUCGCUCGCCUCGUACCCGUCCUUCUCCAAGUCGGACACCAAGGAGUCGCUCCGCUCCUUCCGCGGCUCCAUCCGCUCGAAGAUCCCCGGCGCUCGCAGCGCCGAUAGCCCGCGUGGAUCCACCACCUCUCUCCCCCAGACCGAUAAGUCGGAUGCGGGCUCGGUCAAGUCGUCGGGCAGCCGCCCCGGCUCGAAUGCUGGUCUUCAGUCUCCGGAGUCGGAGACCGGCGAGCGUCCCAGCUCGCCCCGCCCCCCGCCAUCUCCUUCGCUGUCGUCCAGUCUCCAGCGAGGCCACAAGGAUGUCGAUGCUAUGCAGCGGAGUGGCGAGGUCGACCACGUGUCGGACGUGCCUCCAUCGGGCGCUGCGCCCUCGGGGACCGCCCAGAAAGCGGGCGAGUCGAUCUUGAUCAAGCGGGAGAACCAGCUGAACCCCAUUUUGGAUUUCAUCCUCAAUACUCCCCUGGAGACUUCUGGGUCGCCCGGUAUGGGGAUGGGCGCUUUGAAGUCGAUUGAUCUGGAUGACAUGAUCACGCGUCUGCUGGAUGCGGGUUACUCGACCAAGGUCACCAAGACGGUCUGUCUCAAGAAUGCCGAGAUCACGGCCAUCUGCACCGCGGCGCGAGAGCUGUUCCUUUCUCAGCCUGCUCUGCUGGAACUGGCGGCGCCUGUGAAGAUUGUCGGUGACGUCCACGGUCAAUAUACGGAUCUCAUUCGCCUCUUCGAGAUGUGCGGGUUCCCACCUGCGUCGAACUACCUGUUUCUUGGCGAUUACGUCGACCGAGGGAAGCAGAGUUUGGAGACAAUCCUCCUGCUUCUCUGCUACAAACUCAAGUACCCGGAGAACUUCUUCUUGCUCCGCGGCAAUCACGAGUGCGCCAAUGUCACACGAGUGUAUGGGUUUUAUGAUGAGUGUAAGCGCCGCUGCAACAUCAAGAUCUGGAAGACUUUCAUCGAUACCUUCAACUGCCUGCCCAUCGCCUCGAUUGUCGCUGGCAAGAUUUUCUGUGUCCACGGCGGUCUGUCGCCCAGCCUUUCGCACAUGGAUGACAUCCGAGGCAUUGCCCGUCCCACCGACGUGCCCGAUUAUGGUCUGUUGAAUGAUCUCCUGUGGAGUGAUCCCGCAGAUAUGGAGGAGGACUGGGAACCAAACGAGCGUGGCGUGAGCUAUUGCUUCGGAAAGAAGGUGAUCAUGAACUUCCUGCAACGCCAUGAUUUCGACCUGGUGUGUCGUGCCCACAUGGUCGUGGAAGACGGGUAUGAAUUCUACCAGGACCGAAUCCUAGUGACUGUCUUUUCCGCGCCGAAUUAUUGUGGCGAGUUCGAUAACUGGGGUGCCAUCAUGUCCGUGUCCGGAGAACUGCUUUGUAGUUUCGAACUGCUGAAACCCCUGGACUCGACUGCACUGAAGAAUCAUAUCAAGAAGGGUCGCAACAAGCGAAACAGCAUGUUGAACAGUCCGCCCGCGGCAGUAUCAGCACAGAGCUUCUAA